AGUGCGUCAAUGCGAUUCAAAGUGAAUCGAUGUCGUUUUUUGGUUGUUGUUGCAGUGUUCCGGAUGAUUGAGUAAUCAACAUAAAUCAUGACAAACGGAGAAUUUAACGGUGCAAAAAUUCAAAGUGUUUAUGUUUGAUACAGGUACAGCAGCCAAAUUCAAUUACUAAACGGAUGCUUUUGAUCGCAAUUGAUUGGAUUGUUGCAGAAUCGCGUGCUUUUCACACUUAUUACCUACAAUUUUUUCUUUCGUUAUCUUCAUUUUUCGUUUGUAAAUGUUUGCGCUAGCACACACACCACACACACACACCACACACACACACGCACAAAACUUAGUAUUUAUUUUGCUCGCUUUGCUCAAUCGUUUUCCACGUGACGAUUUGCGCGGAUUAAGUAAACAGCACGUAAAAUUGUUUCUUUUCGUCGUCGUCUUCUCCUGUUUCUGUUCCCCCAAUUUUCUCUCUCUCUCUCAAUGCCACACCAUGCUGUGCAUUGCAUAGAUAACAACAUCAUUUAGUUGUUACGUUCACGCUCUUUUCAUCAGAAAAAUCUUCUUUCCCUUCUUCUAUUUUGCGUUUAUUUACAGUAACCAUCUGCUUUUUUUCGUAGAGUUGUUCUCAUACUGAUUGAAAAGUAACUAAAGACGAUAUUAAUAGACGUAAACGGAAAGUGGACGAUAAAAGUGAAAAAGCAGCAGAAAUAACAACAAUAACAACUUAAAACGCCAAUAGUGCACAGCAAUGAUUUCGAAAAUCGGUAACACAAAUUGUGUUUCAUCCCAUUCCUGAUAGAGUCUGUACACGAGUUAACAUUUAAAUGAAUGGUUUAGAGCGAAAAUGUUAUACAAAAAUGUGAUAUGAAAAGGGAUAGCUAUAUAGUUCACUAUAUAGCUAUCCCUUUUCCGCUCAUUCAUCAUCGACAUUUUUCCGCUCAACUUUUCUGUAUUACAUUUUCGUACAUUCGUCCCGUUUCCUUCGUUCGUUUUCUUAUGUCAGCCCGAUUCGUUAAUAAUUCUUGAUUCGUUCUUUUUAGCACUACAUGGAAUGUAGGCUACUGUAGUUGUUAUUUUUUUCCCAAGAAAAUUUUAAGAGUCUUUAGGCCAUUUUUUGAACCGUAAAUUGAUUCAAUUUAAUAUCCAUAUUUUUUAUUUGAAAUGAAGCAAUUACGCCUAAUUGCAAAAAUGAAAUAAAAUCAUGUUCUUGUAAUAAUGUACGAUGAUCAUUCACAUUGAAUGUACAUAAAACACAUAAGUGAAGAAUACAAUAUCAUCAUAUAAAUUUAUUUAAUUAUUUUUGACAAUAUUAAAAUGAUUUGCAUACUACAUUCCAUGUAGUGCUUACGAUAAUAAUUUGAUGAGAAACAUCAAAUUAAUUAAACCUCUUUAAAUUUACAAGCGCAGAGCGCAGCGAAGCGACGAUCUGCGGUCUUGUUUCUUUUUGUAUCGUUUUCCUGUUAUACAUCUGUUUAUACACGGUUCAAGCGGUUCGAUAUGACGAAACGAUGACAUUGGCAUUGAACUACAGAAUGCAGUCACAUUUCAAAAUAUCCAACACACAAAUCUUGAAACAUCAAUCUCGGUGCUGAUACAGUUUUUAUUAAUAGUAAUCGAUUUGUUCCAAGUGCUGCAAAUACCCAAUAUAUAUUAUACGCAAUAUAAUAUUAAUUAUAAUAAUAAUAAUGUCGUAAUUUAUGCUAGACACAACAUACACACCACACCACAAGUGAAAAGAGUGAGAAGAAGAAGAAAAAAAUACGUAAACACAAACGCAUGAAUCUUGGAAUGCGUGUGCUGCAUGUGGCAAACCAGAAAAAAAAGAAAUAAGAAACAUUGUAUAGAAAUGCACUGAAAAGUUACUUUUUUUUCGCUCACUUCAUUCUCCGCUCAAAAGAAAUCGACGAAAAAAGAAUUCGCAUGGAACAAGCGCAUUCGGACUGCACCACCAGCAGCAGCCACAACAGAAGCAGUUGUAAUGAUCCGACGAUUGGGAAGAAAUCCGUAGCAUUUUCCAUUUUCGACCCGAUUAACAGAUUUAGUGCUUACUCGAUCAACGCAGUGUGAACAACGGAGAAAAAUUCCAGAGUGCGUUUCAGUGCAAAAAGGGAGAUAAUAACAAUAAUGAUAAUAGAAACAAUGUGUUCGUGUUCGGUGUGAACAGAAAAAAAAACAAAUUGUUUAUAUUUUAAAACGAACUUGGUGCCGUCAAAUUUCAAGAUAUUACCUGUUUGGAAUGGCUCCAUUUCAUGCGACCUGUUAAGAUUGUUGAUUGAGGUGUUUGUUGCUGAAUUUUAUUGGCAACUCAUAAAAGAACCGUACAAUUCGUAUGGGAUUUAUAUUUUCUCCUAAUUUGAACAUAAAUCGCUUUCGCGGUGGGAACUUAAUCGCACCAUAAUUUUUCCUAUUAAACUAUAUAAAACACCUUUUCCGAACGUGCUACGGCCAAUUAGUGUGUGCGAGAGAAAGAGUGAGUGUACACCAGUUCUAAAGUGCAAGUGGAAAAGAGAGAAAAACAGAUUUCCAGCGAAAUACAGUGCUAUUUCACAUUUGAUGGUGUGUGUGUGUGUCUUUAUUUAAUUCCAUAUUGUGGUUUAGGUGCAUAAGAUCAUAGUCAUAAAUUUUGUUGCCGUAAAAUAUCGUGUUUAAGUACGCUUCGUGUGUGAUAAAUCAGUUUGACGGGAAAUUGAAGGACAUUGGCAUCUCAACCGAUCAUUAUCAACGAAUUGAGUAUCCAUUAUGCAGGAUGAAGACUUGUUUAACGGUGUCAUCGGGAAAUACACAGACCACAACGAUGAAAAUGGCGCUACAAAGAAAAAUAAUGACUUGGAAAUUGCAAAAGCCACCGUUCCAAAGCCACCUGGAUUGGGCGUUCGACAUUUGCAGAUAGUAUUGAUGUUCAGUGGCCUCUUUACGUCAUAUGCUUUACGAACUAAUAUAUCGGUCGGUAUUGUGGCCAUGGUGAAUAGUAGUGAAAAUGGUGCGACAUAUAGUUGGGACAAACAACAGCAAGGAUUGAUACUGAGUAGUUUUUUCUGGGGCUAUCUCUUGGCUCAGAUCCCUGUAAGCCAAAUGGCCCAGCAUUUUGGUGCGAAAAUCCUAUUGACAAUUGCAUCGAUAGUAUGCGGAUUGUUGACGCUGGUAACGCCAUGGGCCGCAUCAAUCGAUUGGAGACUAAUGCUACUCUCACGAGCGCUUCAAGGUCUUUUUCAAGGUUUUUACUAUCCAUGCGUCCACACAUUGUUGGCUAAAUGGGUGCAUCCGUGUGAACGUGGAACGUUAACCACGUUUACAUAUUCGGGUACACAAGCGGGCAGUGUUGUAAUGCUCGCAACUAGUGGCGUUUUGGCAGAUUCUUCAAUGGGAUGGCCAUCAAUUUUCUAUUUCAGCGGUGGUGCUACACUCAUUUGGACCAUAUUCUGGGUGCUUUUCGGUUCAAGUUCGCCAGACAUUUGUACACGUAUUUCAAUUGAAGAGAGAAAAUUCAUCGAAUCAAUGCCUGGUUCAUCAAAUCAUGGCCAAAUGAAAACACCAUGGUUAAGCAUAUUGCGAUCAACACCAGUGAUGGCACUGAUUCUAGUGCAUGCGGCACAAUGUUGGGGUUUCUGGUCGCUACUCACUGAAACACCAUCCUAUUUGGUGCAAAUUUUCAAAUUCAAUAUUAAAACGAAUGCACUUUUGUCGGCUCUACCAUAUCUAGCGAUGUGGUUAGUUAGCUUGGCAGUGAGCCCAAUAUCCGAUUUACUCAUCAACCGUGGAUACAUUGGCGUAGCAACCGGUCGCAAAUUGUUUAACUCAUUUGGACACUGGGCUCCGGCAUUAUCACUCAUAAUUUUACCGUUUUUGAGAGCACCCACACAUGCCAUUACCAUGCUCACCAUUGCCAUUGGAAUGAAUGGCUUUACUUAUUGUGGAUAUAUGGUUAAUCACAUGGAUUUAUCACCAAAUUUUGCCGGCUCUUUGAUGGGACUGACCAAUUCAUUGGCAAACAUUAUGUCUAUUUUGGGUCCAAUCACCGUUGGUCUCAUUCUCACCGACAACGAAGACAUCAAUGUCAAACUUGGCGAAUGGAAAAUGGUAUUCUUCAUUGCGGCCGCAUUCUAUUUCGUUGGAAAUUUGAUAUUUGUGAUACUUGGCAAAGCUGAAAUUCAACCAUGGAAUGAGAUUGAAAAACCACCAAGUCCAGCUGAAUCGGAUGAAGAUAGACUUGGUUCUAAUAUAAACAUCGUCACAAUCAACUCUAAUGUGAACAUUGUCACCAACCAAUCACCAAAGCACUCGUAACGGAAACCAAAAAUUAUCGUUUAAGUAUUUUGUAGUGUAGCAAACAAAAAAAAAUACUGUCUACCAAAAUGAAUAAGUUUGUUUGUACAAAUGUUUUUCAAGUAUAAGUGCGUUUCAAAUGAAUGUGUUUUUUAGAUAAAUAUUUUACAUUGAAUUGUGUGUUUGAUACGAAUAAAAAAAGAGAGCUCGUGAAAAAAAAA